AUGUCUCAUGCUAACAAGCCUGAUCUGAUUGUAGGCAUUGACUUAGGCCAGACGUGCACUGGCGUAGCAUACAACACCGUAGCACACGAAACAGACAACAUUCGCUGGAUUCAACGAUGGCCAGGCCGAAGUCAAGCGAACGAGAACAAAGUCCCGACAAUCUUGCUGUAUCCAAAAGGUCACGAUGAGCCGUCAGCCUGGGGCUUUAAAGCAGAGUCUCAAUCGCAGCAUGUCCAAGAUCACUCUGUAGUGCGUGAGUGGUUUAAGACUCUUCUUGACGACGAUUAUCUGUCUCGGGAAAGUGCGCGAUUUCCGGACGACCACUACACCCAUGGGAAUGUUCAGCAAUGGUUCCUCGACUAUUUCUGCUUUCUGUAUGACCACGUCAAGAUCAAGCUGGUCGGAGAAGUGCCUGGGAUGGCAUGGGAUCUGGCGAACAUUGAGUUCCUGUUCUCGGUGCCGACGACGUGGAGUCCUGCAACGGUUGAGCAAUUCAAGGUCAUCUUGAGACAGGCAGGUUUCGGUGGAGCAAACGUCAGGCACUCCAUUACCAUCAGCCUUACAGAGCCGGAGGCGUCUGCAGUCUAUACUUCAACCGCUGCACCUGGGAUCUUUAACGAGAACGAUAUCCUCGUGGUCUGUGACGCUGGGGGAGGUACCACUGACCUCUCAGCUCUGAAAGUGACUGAUUCCGCAGCGAGUGCACUAUCUUUAAAACAGCUCCGCGAAGUGGACGUGGUAACAGGCGACACCGUCGGCUCCGCUGCAAUCGACUACGAGUUUGAGGUGCUUGCUCGAGAUCGGCUGAAAGAUGCUAAAGGUCUGAUGGAACUGAACAUCGAUGCAGACAAUGCUGCCUGGGUCAUGUCGAAGAGCUCAGACUUCCAGAACACGAAGUGCGAGCAUGGAGCGCCGGAUGAGCCACCGACGUUCUCGGUUCCGGUACCUGGUCUACCUCUUGACUUUUCAGAUCCUUCGCUGCGGAUUGAGAAUCGCGAGAUGAUGUUCACGAAAGACGACCUCCAUGACCUCUUCGAUCAUCAAAUCGAGAAGCUGUUCCGACUCAUAGACACACAGUUGUACAGUCUCGCCAGCAAACUGCCAAACCAAAACGUCGCCCACCUCAUCCUGUCCGGCGGUCUCGGCCAGUCGGCAUACGUCCAGCAGAGACUAAGAGAGCAAUACGGCGAAGGCUCGUACAUCCCCAACGCUCACGGUAUGCAAGUCAGAGUGGCUCCGGAUCCUCAAUUGUCCGUUUGUAAGGGUCUUGUGGCAGACCGGCUUCGCAAGUUGAGAAGCGGCCAAAGCGUGCUGGGGUGGAGAUGUUGCCGAGCGUCUUACGGUCUCAUCUGCAAGGAGCUGUACAACAAAUCUAACCCCCGACACCUCGGAAGACGCACGGAGAAGGACCCGCGGGACGGUAAGCUGUACGUCCCAGAAUGUGUCUUCUGGUUCAUCGAGAAGGGUAUGCCUGUGUCUCUCGAUCGACCGGUGGUGCAUAGCUUUCGACGCAAAGUCGACCCUGCCGCUUCUUCGAGGGUGUUCACGACCAAGGUUGUGGUCUCAUAUCUGGAUCGAGAACAUCUCCCAAAUAAGCUCGAAUCCGGAGUAGAGAAGCUUUGCGAGGUCGAAUCAGAUCUAUCUCAAGUGGAUGAGAAGCGGUUCAAGGAGAAGAACAAGAAGUUCUGGAAGCCAGGUCGGCUUUACUACCAGGUGGCAUAUCAAGUACAGGUCAUCAUUGGGCCGGCCGAUCUGAUCUUCGAGCUUUGUCAGUUCCGCCACCACCUCCCGCUGAAAUGUGUAGCUGACGCAGUUGUCGCAGGGUUUGACGGCCAGAAGCUGAGCAAAGACAACCCUAUCAAAGUCGAAUGGGCGAACACAUCUGCAGCUCCGCCGUCAGAACUUCCGUCGCCAGCGUCUACUCUGAUGGGCGACGACGCCACGCUUGACACGCAGAGUAUAUCAUCGGCAACAACCGGAUCGAAGUACUCGCGAAUGUGGAGCAAUACGUCUCAUGAGCUGGAGUGA